GUGUUAUCGAAAGACGACGUUGUUGCCUGCAAAGAUAAUGCUUUAUUGGCCGUGUUUGGUUAUGAGCUUUAAUUGUGAAAUUUGUUAGGUUUAUUUGACUACAGACAUGGACGAAUCCUCGAGGCAGCACAUUGAAGACUGUUUUCUGCGCACACCCAACGAUGCGCGCAGCACCAAUGUGCCGGCAGCGCCAAAGUCACAGCAGGACAACACAUCGCGCAAAACGGAGCUGCACGUGCUGCGACUGAGUGAUGAGUCGCAGCAGAUAACGAUGGACACAUUGCGUGCGGUGCAUGGAGCGGACUUUAAACUGGACGAUAUUAGUAAAUACAAGGAUCGAGGACGUGGCGGUGGUGGCAUAAAGCAUGCCUAUUGGGAGGAUCGCGGCACGUUGCAGGUGCAGAGUGUGCAGGGUAUCAGUGUGAACAGCAGCGGCAGCACGGCGGAUGAUGAUCGACUGCGUCGUUAUGCCUUGCUCAAGCUGGAGAACUAUGGCUUUCAUGCCAAUCACUGUUUGGAGGCCUAUGAGCACUGUCAGCAUGAUACGGAGGCGGCGCUGCUGCUGCUCUAUAGACGCUAUAUGCGUGUGCCGCCGGAGGAGCAGUCAAAUCCGGAUACACCUAGUGAAUCCGAGCUUUUGGACAUGCGUGCCGAUGAGAAGGAAGCUUUGCAAUCCAUCUAUGAUCGUGCCUACGAGGAGCGCGAACGCAACAGUGUCUGGAAUUUGAAAUUCAAAAUAGAGCAUCUGCUGGCGCACAGUCCGUCCGAGUUGCGCAAGGCACGGGAAGCUGUGCUGGCAGCGGCAGCGGCAGAGCGUCAAGCGGCGCUGGACAAGAAGAAGAAGGCGCCACAACGUUGUCGCAACUUCGAGCGUGAUGGCACCUGCAAAUAUGGCAACAAAUGUCGCUUUGCCCAUAUAUUAUCGCAGCCGGAAGCGUUGAGUACGCCGGAACGCAAGCGACUGGAGCAUCUGGAUGAGAAUGAGAAUGAGCUGUGGUUUCAUGUGGAGGUGCGCUUUCCACCCGGCAGUCGCUAUCCCUAUGAGGCGCCUUUUAUUUACCUAAAAACCACCUGUCAUGAUAUUCCGCAUGAGCUGCGUCUGCGUUUUGCACGGCAUUUGUAUCGUGAGGCGCGUGAGAUUUGCCGGGAUGGCAUACCCUGUGUCUACAGUGUCUGUGAGUUGCUGCAGACGGAUGAACAGCUGGCUGGGCAGCUGGACACCAGAAGUUUUCCCUCGCCGAAGCGUUCGCUCUUCUAUGAGGAGCCUGCGAAUGGUUCGAACGCGACUGCGGACGAUGAGGAGCUUAGCAAGUCGCGUCCCAGUCACUACACACGUGGACAGACGUCGAAACAUGGUGACAGUGGUCACCAACGCAGUGCAGCGGAUUUGGCGCGCGAGAAUCGUCGUCUACUGCAGUUAUUCAAUGAAAGGCGGCGUGACGAACGUUACCACAAGCUGAUAGAGGCCCGAAGAAAGCUGCCUGCCUUUGCGGAAAUGGAGCGCAUACUGGCGCUAAUUGACAGCUGCCAGGUGGUGGUCAUUUCCGGCGAAACGGGCUGCGGCAAGAGCACACAGGUGCCGCAGUUUAUACUGGACAAUUGGUUCUUUAAAUCCAGUCAAGUGCCACCUAAAGGAGACUUGCCACACGUGGAGAUUAUCUGCACACAGCCACGACGUCUCUCCGCCAUUGGUGUGGCGGAGCGAGUGGCUGCGGAGCGACUGGAUCGCAUUGGACAGCUGGUGGGCUAUCAGAUACGGCUGGAGAACAAGGUGUCCGCCAGCACAAGGCUGAGUUUUUGCACUACGGGCAUUUUACUGCGACGACUCGCCUCGGAUCCGCUGCUGGGCAAUGUUACCCAUGUCAUUGUCGAUGAGGUGCACGAGCGAUCCGAGGAAUCGGAUUUCCUGCUGCUCAUCCUGAAGAAUAUACUGCGGGAACGCAAGGAUCUCAAGGUGAUACUCAUGUCGGCCACGUUGAAUGCCACACUCUUCUCCGAUUACUUUGGCGGUGCACCCGUGCUGGACAUUCCCGGACGCACCUUUCCCGUGCAGCAGCUAUUCCUCGAGGACAUACUGGAGUCCAGUGACUUUGUCAUGGAGUGCGAUACGAAAUUCUGUCGCAAGCUCAAAAAGAAGGAACAGGAUGUUCUCACAAUGGAACUGGAGUUCGCCGAUGUCCAGGCAUCUGGUGAACCGCCGGGUCAGAAGAUCAAGGACGAGAAACUCACACUGGCCGAGACCUAUCGACGCUAUGCGGAUUAUAGUAAAACGACGUGCAAGAGCAUCUACCUGAUGGAGCCGAUGCUGAUAAAUCCGGAGCUGAUUGAGUCGGUGCUCAAGUACAUUGUGGAGGGUGAACACGACUGGCCCCGUGAAGGGAGUAUCCUGAUCUUCCUGCCCGGCUUCCAGGAGAUUCAGUCCGUGCACGAUGCACUGCUCGAUAGUGCGAUGUUUUCACCGCGUGCUGGGAAAUUUGUGCUGGUGCCGCUGCACUCCUCACUUUCUGGCGAGGAUCAGGCGUUGGUGUUUAAGCGAGCGCCGCCUGGCAAGCGAAAGAUUGUGCUGAGCACAAACAUUGCCGAGACUUCGGUGACCAUCGAUGACUGUGUGUUUGUCAUCGACUGUGGUUUGAUGAAGGAGAAGUGCUUCGACUCCAAUCGCAACAUGGAGUCCCUGGACCUGGUUUGGGUCUCACGAGCGAAUGCCAAGCAGCGCAAAGGACGCGCCGGACGUGUCAUGCCUGGUGUCUGUAUACAUUUGUAUACCAGCUAUCGGUAUCAUCAGCAUAUAUUGGCACAGCCGGUGCCAGAGAUUCAGCGUGUGCCGCUCGAGCAGAUUGUGUUGCGCAUCAAGACGCUGGCAACGUUUGCCAGCCGGAACACACUCUCCGUGCUGCUGGAGACACUGGAGGCACCGACGGAGGACAGCGUGCUCGGGGCCUUGAUGCGUUUGCGUGAUGUGGGCGCCUUGGAUGCGGAGGAUCAGCUGACACCGCUGGGUCACCACUUGGCCGCUCUUCCAGUCGAUGUGCGCAUUGGCAAACUGAUGCUCUACGGCGCCAUCUUCCAGUGCCUGGACAGCGUGCUCACCAUCGCCGCCUGCCUCAGCAACAAGUCGCCGUUCCUCAGUCCGCUGAACAAACGCGUCGAGGCGGACAAAUGCAAGCGCCAGUUUGCGAUCGGGAACAGCGAUCAUCUUACUGUCCUCAAUGCCUACCGGAAAUGGUUGGAUGUGUCCAAACGUGGUCACUAUGGCGCCAGUCGCAAUUAUGCCAGCGAGAACUUCUUGUCGAUGAACACGCUGGAGACAAUUGCAGAUCUGAAAUAUCAGUACCUGGAGCUGCUGGUCUCCAUUGGCUUUGUGCCCAUCAAUGUGCCAAGGCGUCGCAAAAAUGCCAGCGACAAUAUAUUGCAGCUGACAGGUCAUGAGCAGAAUAUAAAUGGCGAGAACAAUCGUCUGCUCACCUCGCUGCUCUGCGCCGCCUUAUAUCCGAAUAUUGUGAAGAUAAUGACGCCGGAACGCAUCUAUAUACAGACAGCUGGUGGGGCUGUGCCUCGAGAGCCGGGUCAUCAGGAUUUGCGCUUUAAAACCAAAGGCGAUGGCUAUGUGCGCAUUCAUCCCUCGUCUGUCAACUCACAGGUGGCCGUGUUUCAGGCGCCGUUCCUUGUCUAUCAGGAGAAGGUGCGCACCAGCUCCAUCUAUAUACGUGAUUGCUCCAUGUUGCCACUCAUUGCCUUGGUCCUCUUCGCUGGCUCCGAUUUCAAAGUGGAGCUACAUGAUGGCGAUUUUCUAUUUCUACUCGAGAGCGGUUGGAUCAUUUUAAAGGCACACAAUUUGGAGACAGCCGAAAUGGUGCAAUGUCUGCGCACCGAGUUGAUCAAGUUGCUGGAGGAGAAGAUACGUGAUCCAUGCCUCAAUCUGUUGCAUCACGCCAACGGCUGCAAGAUCAUUUCCAACAUUGCCUAUUUGAUUAGCAACAAUAGCUGAAACUUACAGCUACUAAUCCAACUUCCAACCUCAAUCACAGUCAGUCUUCUUGGUUUUGUUCUUGUGUCCCAUAGACAAAUUUAAUGCAUGUUUAUAGCCAAUUAAGCCUAAUUCAAACUUAGUAACAUUUACACACAAUUCAAGAUCAUAUAUUAUGUAACUAAUACUAAGUACAAAACUAAACGAAAACAAUACAAUAUUAAAUCGAAUUGUGUCACAGAA